UACCAAUUAAACAUUUUUUUUUUACAACUGAUCGAUUUUAUUUAUUAAUGGUUAACUGACUAUAUUUUUGGUUUUCAAUAACAAAUAUGAGUAAUUUAUUGUUCAUCUUUGUAUAUGUGACAGUUAUUAUUAACUUGAGCAAUUCGUUGGAAUGUUAUGUUUGUACAAAUCAAGAUCAAAACCAUGAAAAAUGUUUAAAUACUAUCAAGACAUGUGAACCAGAAGAAGAUAUGUGUUUAUCAGAAAUUAGUUGGGGAUCUCCUCCAUAUUGGGUUGAAGGAGGACUCAAGCAGUAUUAUGUAUCAAAGAGAUGUGCCACUAGAGCUACAUGUGAAGCUGUUAAAACUAAAACCAUGCCAUAUUGUACCUAUUUAUGGUAUCAAGAUUGGAAGUGUGCUGAAUGCUGUUUAGGAGAUCGUUGCAAUUUUUACAUUACAAUGGGAAGCAGUUCAUUAAAAUCAAAUAUAAUUGUAUUAAUGGGAUGCUGCAUUACAUUAUUAUUUGGGUUCCAAAAAAUGAGGGUCCGUGAUUUUAUUUUACGCUUUAAAGGGGUCCAUGACUAAGAAAAGGUUAAGAAU